AUGAGAGCAGAAGAUAAACCAGGGUGGAUGAGAGAAGAUAAACCAGUGUGGGUGAGAGCAGAAGAUAAACCAGGGUGGAUGAGAGAAGAUAAACCAGUGUGGGUGAGAGCAGAAGAUAAACCAGGGUGGAUGAGAGCAGAAGAUAAACCAGGGUGGAUGAGAGCAGAAGAUAAACCAGGGUGGAUGAGAGAAGAUAAACCAGGGUGGAUGAGAGCAGAAGAUAAACCAGGGUGGAUGAGAGCAGAAGAUAAACCAGGGUGGAUGAGAGCAGAAGAUAAACCAGGGUGGAUGAGAGCAGAGGAUAAACCAGGGUGGAUGAGAGCAGAGGAUAAACCAGGGUGGAUGAGAGCAGAAGAUAAACCAGGGUGGAUGAGAGCAGAAGAUAAACCAGGGUGGAUGAGAGCAGAGGAUAAACCCGGUGGAUGA